CAGAUGUUUUUGACAGUUCGGCUCUUUAAAUUUUUUUUUCAAAAAAAUAGUGUUUAAUAACAGAAUUACGAAAGAAUAUGUCAAAUUUCAUGAUAAGAAGACUUGUCUGUGAUCUCAAGAAUGUCGUUUUCCAAGAGAACAUUUUUAUAAUACAAAUCUAUUUAACAAAAUUGCAUUUACAUAUAAUAUUUAAAUGUAUUUUUUAUUGAAUGAUUGUUUAGAACAAUUUAAAUAAAAUGAAGUCUAAUAAAGAAGAGAAACAUGAGUACAUUGAAUGGCUUAUGUUUGGUUACAAAUUGUUGGUAGUAUUAUUUUCAAUCAGUAUUUUUUUAUAUGGUUUCUUUCCUCUAGUUCAAUAUGAGAAUUCGGUAGCAAGUAUGAAUGAUGUCCCUCAAUUUGUAGAGCAAAUCAGAGUAAAAACAGAAGACCUGUAUCAGCCGAUAACGAAAAAAAUUGUUAUAAUGGUAAUUGAUGCGUUAAGAUGGAAUUUUGUUGCUGAAAAAACAAUGAAAGACUCAAUGCCGAUUUUACAAAGUCUUAUAGAAAAUAAAAUGUCAUGUUUACUUCAGGGCAAAGUUAAUCCUCCAACUGUAACAAUGCCUAGAAUAAAGGCAGUAACGUCAGGCACAGUUCCAAGUUUCAUUGAUGUUGCUUUAAACUUGGGUGGAAAUGCUGUAAUUGGUGAUAGUAUUUUGAAACAAGCAAAAAAUCAUGGUCAUAAAUUAAUUUUCUACGGCGACGAUACGUGGCUCAAACUUUUUCCAAAAAUAUUUUUACGACACGAUGGAACGACCUCAUUUUUUGUAACAGAUUAUACUGAAGUGGAUAAUAAUGUGACUCGUUAUUUGCACAAGGAACUUCAUAGAAACGAUUGGUCAAUAAUGAUUCUUCAUUAUUUAGGUCUAGAUCACAUAGGACACAUGGCCGGUCCAUUUAGUCCAUUAAUUAAGCCAAAACUCAGAGAAAUGGAUGAGAUUAUUGGUCGAAUUCAAACGCGAAUGACUCACUGGACAAAAAACAAUAUUCCCUCAUUAUUUAUUGUAUGCGGUGAUCAUGGUAUGAAAGAUUCUGGAGGACAUGGUGGUGCAACUUUAGAAGAAACUUUAGUACCAAUUGUUACAAUUGGCACAUCUUGUCAAGAAACAAAUAAUGAACCACGACAAAUCGCUCAAAUUGAUUUAGCAUCGACACUUUCUGUUCUUCUUGGAGUUCCUAUUCCUUCGUCAAAUCUCGGAACCGUUUCCUUAGAGAUUUUAAAUGAUUUACCUGUGCAGAAAAAAUUAUUUGUUCUCUAUUACAAUUCGCAACAGCUACUUAAUAAUUUUAAAGAAAUUCCCAAUUAUAAAUCACAACAAGCGUACAAAGAGUAUGAAAAUGCAAUUACAUUUCACGUUGCUUGGUUAAAUGCCAGUGGUCAAUCAAAUGAAAUGGUUGAUGAUAUUAUUAAAAUGUAUCGCAGUUCACUUGAAGGAAUGAGGGAAAUUCUUGUUCACAGUAUGAUAAAAUAUGACGUACCAAUUAUGACGAUAGGUUUGAUUUUUCUAUUUCAGAUUUUAUACAUUAUGGUAAAUGCUCAAAAUCAUGCAAUUUCAACAUCAAUGAAAGUGAUUUGUUCUGUCAUGGCGAAUGUAUUUUUAUGGCUUUUCUUGAAUUAUUUAUUUGAAGCAGAAGGCAAUACAGUAUUAUAUUCGAGUGGGACGAAUAGUACAAUUCUCACCACUAUUGUUGUUUUAAUUUUAGUGUGUAACAGUUACUUAUGCACAAAAUUCAAGUUCAACAUUCCGACCAUUAGUCAGAUUAAAAAGUACAAUGUGAUGAAACUAUUUCUUAUUUUGGGAGGUUUAUUACAUACACUUAGUUUUACGAGUAGUAGCUUUAUUGAGGAAGAACAUCAGACUUGGUAUUUUUUCUGGGUUACUUGUUUAGUUUAUGGUUUUUAUGAUAUUGUUUUUAGAUGUUCAUCUUAUCGAUUAAGUGAAUACACUCGAGUUGAUAUUGGAAUUAAAUUAUUUUUAAUUCUACUAACGCAUAGAUUCUUGAGAAAUUUAAAUAGUACUGGCAAUAAAUAUGCCCAUUUGCCUGACAUCUCUGAUUGGCUUCUUGAUCAAAAUCAUAAAAUUGGAUUAUCACUUUUUUUAAUUCUAGGACUAGCACUAUUAAUUAAAAUUGAUUAUGAUUAUGAGGAGAAGAAAUUCAAGAAACCAUGUCUCUUAAUUAAUUUAUCAUUAGCAUCUUGUAUAUAUCUUCGACACAUGGUGACUGGAACUGUUUCUGGCAUUCAAUUUUAUCCAGAAUCAAAAGGAAUUUUCGAAGUGCAGAUCUUUUGGUUUCUAAUUUUAGUUUAUCUUUCUCAUUGCUCGCUACGAUUGAUAAAAACGGGACAUCAAAUGAGAGAAAAUGUUUUACCGCAAUUUUUAUUUUUCAUUGUUCAUGUGUGGGUGAUGAUAUCUGCUCUUUUACAUAGACCACACAAUGUGAUUUUAUUACCCAUGCAAUUAUUGUGCACUUCAAUAAUUCAAAUGAUUACAAAAUUAUGUAAAUUGGAAAAAUUACGAAUAUUACUCUACAUUUGGUUGGGCAAUGUUUUUUAUUUCUAUCAGGGAAACUCGAAUAGUUUUGCAACUAUUGACGUGGCUGCAGGAUAUGUUGGAUUAGAGUCAUAUAGUCUUUCAAUUGCAACUCUCUUUAUAACUAUAAAUACAUUUUCAGCUCCUAUUCUUGCGUAUUUAUUACUUUUAUAUUAUGAGACUCUUGAGAAGCCAUAUUUUUCGUGCCAAAUAGUUUUACGAAUUAAUAAACAACACAUUAUAUGGAGACUGUUGCCAAUUACUAUUUAUACUGUGAUUGUUACAAUUCAACGAUAUCAUCUUUUUAUAUGGACUGUUUUUUCUCCAAAGUUAAUUUAUGAAGCAGUAUUUACAACAGAUAUGUUUAUAAUUAUUUCUCUUAUUCAAAUAAUUUUUAUAAUGUACAAGUGAAAUAUGUGAUAUAUAUAAUUGAAACUGUCAAUUGAAAAUCUUCUAAAAUGUUCUUCUUAUAUAGUAAUGUGAUCUAUACAAUGAUUUUUAGAUGCUUAUACAAUUUUAAUAGAACUAUUUAAUAUAUAAUU